GGAGGUGAAGAGCGGGCGGGACGUAAGGGUCGGCGCCCGUCGUCUAGGCGAGGGGUCGGGGGAGGGCCGCCUGUUGCUUCUCCACAGGGCCGCGUUCUUCGUCUUGCCCCCCUGAGGAGUAGGGAAGCUCGUCUCGCUGAGGGAAGGGCUGCUUCUCGCACCAGAGGAAGGUGGGAGUCAAUCACUUUGACAAGUCUCCUGGAAGGAACAGCCAGCAGGAGUUGAAACCUUUUUCCAUUUGGUCUCGUGGCAAAGGCAGAGAUUGCUCCAGCAGCUCCACACAAUAUGACGUGUUCACUCUUGCCCUCUGAACAGUCCUCUGGUACCUCUUUUCUGCCUAAGAACAAUGCCUCAUUUUCUUGGGGUUCCUCGGAUGAAGAGGAGUUGGAUGACUCCUUGUUGGAGUUUUCUGAUGGAGAAGAAGAUGAUGGCCAUUUCAGUUUCACAGAGGAAGAGAUUGAGAUGCUCUUGAAGGACGAUGAUGGUGGGCAUAAUGAGUAUAGACCGAGAAAGAGUCAAAUUCUACCUGAUACUCCUCAAGAAAAUUCUUUGUACAGCUUGGGACCAGCAGCUGAAACCCCUGGCUUCCUAAAACUACCUCAACUAAGUACAUCAGUUGGUCAUGGACCGACUCCUAGUAAAUCAUUAAACAGACACUUUGUACUUGAAAAGAAUCUUAUAAAAGUAACUGUUGUCGCACCAUUUAAUCCAACAGUUUGUGAUCCUGUGCUUGAUAAAGACAAGAUCGAUUCCUCCAAAGAAACGGAAAAUCCUGCCUCCCUUCGGGAACAGACGAGAGAAGAUGAUCCUCAUCCUAAUGAGAGUAAACGUUGCACUGAGCCUGAAGGGGUCAGUCCCAAUAACUCUGCUUGGGAUGGGCCCCUGCUUUCUUCUUCAAACAAUAACAUCGAACAAACUGCCUCUGAUAAAAAUAUACCUGAAAGUAAGAAACCUACCCCUGUGUUCUCUCAGAUCUCCAACCAUUCAGAGGUCCCCAACAGGAAAAACAGUGGAUCACAUAAAUCAGGUUGUGAAGUGAGAAUUCCAGUUGUGUCCAGUUCAUCAAACAGACAUGCCUUUGACAAGGAUUCUGGGGAGGCGAAAGGUGAGAGAAGACUAGGCAAAGUCAUUCCUGUUCUACAAACUAGAACCAGGAUGUUUUCACAGUCAGAUCUAGAAAAGCAGAAGGACAUUUAUCUCAGCAAAGUCAUUGCUCAUAUAGAAGAUCCAGGGGACUCUAACCAAGGUACCUUGGGAGAGCUAGAUGCCCUGAUGGAUCAAGUUCAAAUGCAGUACCCAGACUGGCAGCAUCCUUCAGAUCUUACCACACGAAACUACGCGCGGUUCCGACAGAGGCCUCUGCAGAGGUACAGCCUGAGUCAGUGGGUUGACAGGAACAAGCGGAGCCACCAUCGGUUCCAGCGUCUCCCAGACUUCUCCUACAGCCCUUGUGUCUCAUCCCAUCAACAGUGACAGUUCCUGCCGAGGGCCCCGACCAGAGCAGCGUCGCAUUUUCCUCUGCUAUUUUUGUUUGUAUAUUUUGAGUUUUAUUUUUCACAAGAUUUUUAUUUAAAGAAUUUGUCACCUUUUGGAAAUGCCCAUUACUGUCUUGAAUUUUUGUUUUUUAAUGAGGGCCACCCCCCCACCCCUGAUUUGUAUGUCUGUCUGGUGAAUAUGUUUCAGCAAGGUUAAGUAUUGUUUUUCUGUUUGUUCAUUGUUGUUGUUGUUGCUGUUUUUAAAUUUUAAAUGAAGGUAAUUCUCUUUUGAAGGCCUGUAUUAAGUCAGAACAUUCAGGCUUUGAGUAAAAUACCAGCUGUAAGCGCAGGCAGAGUCACCUUCCAGUCUACUGUAAGGAAGAGGCUGUUUUGCAGGCUAAGAGCCGGUAUUAUUAUUGUUGACUUGUGAAUAGAUAGAAGUCACUUUUAAUGACCCCUCUUUUUAAGUUUGAGUUUCUUGAAUACUUGUCAGUAUUUUAAUGUUGCCAAUUCAGUACAUUUGAAAUAGGAGAGAGAAGGAGAAAAGUCCUGUUGAAGGGCUAGAUUAAAAGUGUAAAUCCUCUCCUUUCUGUACCUAUUAGCUGCCUUUUAAAAAAAUUAUUAUUAGUGGCUUUUUUCACUCUCUGUUAGAUAUAUUUCGUUCAUAAUGUUUGAAAUCUUACACAUCUUAACUGACAGAAGACAGCUGAAUAACCCUUGUUCAGUACUCUGUGGUCUUGCGACUGGUUGGUUUCUCUGCCCCGUUUUUUUUCUUUUCCUUUUCCCACUCCCAGUGACCAGUUAGUCCUGAAGCUUUGCAGUAAGUGUUCUUAUGUCCUGUUAGACUGAGACAUGACUCUCAGGGUGCCCUCUGUCUGCUGAAGAAAUCCUACCAGAAUCCUGACUGCUGUUAGGCCAGCACAAUUGAGAUGUCUAGGAAUCUUCAGUCCCUUCUGCGGAACCCCGAGUUUAUAUGUUGCUGCUAUUCAAGGAACCUUCUUCCUAUGAAAUCCUUGGGAGAGUCACUGUUUGGCCUCUCCUGUUGGUUACAGGUACCCUUAUACCCUGGAUGUUAGUGUUGUAGUUGUAGCAUUGGGUCCAUUGUUUCACAUUAGUGUUUGAGCAUCUUGGGAAAGUACGAUUGAGCCCAUGCACCACAACACCGCCAUGCACCGCAUCACCUGCUCUUGAGUAAGGUGUGGUGUUCCAACCAAAGCGCUAGGCUCUGUGUACUGUCUUAAUGGAUGUCCUAGAAGAUGUGUAUUUCUUACAGGCAGCUCUAGAGAUCAUUCUGAGAGGGUUUACAAUAUGACACUCCUGCUCUGCAGUCACUGUGGGGGUGAUUCAUAGUUGCCUAGCCCCUGUCUCAUUUUAUAUGUGGCCAACCCACCCUGAAUAGUCCACUCUGCCUCAGAAAAAUGAUCUUUUUGUUCUGUUUUGUUUUUGUUUUUCAAGACAGGGUUUCUUUGUAUACUCCUGGCUGUCCUGGAACUCGCUCUAAGACUGGGCUGGCCUUAACUCACAGAGCUCUGCCUGCCUUGCCUUCUCACUGCUGGGAGUAAAAGGAUGGAUCACCAUUGUUGGACUGAAAAAGUGACUGUGAUUAGGAAAAUCUUGAUUUUGUUUGUUUUGUUUUGUUUUGUUUUGUUUUCAAGCCUUUAGUAGGUUUGGAUAAAUGUUCCCAUGUGUGUGUUAAUUUUAUCUAGUGAAAGUUUUUUCUUCUUUCCUUCCUUUUUUGUGGCAGGGUCUCCUGUAAAGCCUAGGCUAGCCAUCAACACACUAUUUAACCCAAGAUGGUCUUGUACUUCUGAUUUUUCUGCCCCACCUCUCAAAUACUAGGAUUGAAGGUGUGCACCAUCAUGCCCAGAGAGAAUUUUCUCUCCCUCCAGCCCCCCACCCCCACCCCCCAGACGGGUUUUUUUAUGUAGCCCUCCUGGCUGGGUAGACCAGGCUGGCCUCAGGACUCGCAGAGAUUCACCUGCCUCUGCCUUCUUAGUGCUGGGAUUAAAGGUGUGCACCACCACUCCCUGCUUUUGACACCCCACCCCCCCCCAGAAAGACUUUUCUAUUCCUUAGUUAUUUGGUUUAGAUUCUGGGACGAGACAUUGAAAGGCAGUAGUCCAGUCACCUCUCUUGGUGGGCACGCUUGUUGUUGACCUCAGUUGACUUGUCCAAGAUGCUGUGAGUUAGCCUGAUAGACUGAGAUAUGCCAAACAAUCCACCAUGGGACCAAAACAAAGUGCAGAUUAGAUACCGCUGGAGUAGCUAGCACUGGGGCUGGAUGGUUCCCAGGGGGAGCCCAGGGAGUGGAGGGACAGCAAAGCUCCUGCUCUCCUGCUACCAGGAGGAAUUAAGACUGAAUGUAUAAUGGGAGCGCUGCCUCUGCCAGAGCAGAUGAGUGACAGGUUAACUAGAAAAUGUGACAAUCACAUUUCCUCUUGCACAGAUAAUUCUGUUUUUCCAAAGUGUUAGCAGCUAAUUAAAUCUGGUGGACUGGGGGAGGAGAGAGCUGUUCUGUAGUGGUUAACAUGGUAUUCUUUAAGGAGAAAAAAAAGCCAAAGAAAACUCAUCCGGCAUGUUAGCCUUAAAGAUGGUACUGGCCAGAAGCUGGGGCUUAAUCUCUUCAGAGCUGCAUAUCUCUUAUGUUUGGGAUUGGCCUCGUAAGUCUUGUAGAUUAAAUUAAUUCUUGCUGUAUUUUUAAAUUUGAGUAAGGGUUAUGUACAUUUAACUGUGUUCCUGUCUUUUAUCAUCCCUGAGGACGUUCUUACCAUAGGGGUCUUGACAAAGCAAAGCUAAAAUGUGUUGUUGAUAAAUAGUUCCGUGUAAGUCAGGAGCCGAAAUAACAAUAGCUCUGCAGCUCAUCGGGCCCCGAUUUACUUGCGUUGUUGUCAGGGUCGAUUAUGAAAAUGAAGUUUGGUGCCUCCUUUUUUAUCAUGUUUUUCCCCUUGUAGCAGUUGUGUUUAAUGUCAUUAAAAAGAAAUAAAAGUUCUCA